UUUUUGCUUUCCGACUUGCCUGGAGGGGAAUGCGCACCUUCGGAGAAUCUCUGCGUCCCUUGCUUUAUGCUCUCCCUGAGAAGUCAGAAUUGGAGCUGUCACAGCUAUCGGCUACACUUUACUGGACUGGACAGUGUACUUGGCAUUAGGAGGCGAGAGGGAGGGUGAAGAGGAGAAGGAGCGUGUGUGUAUGUGUGAGUGGAUGAAUCCAUCCUUUUCCUUUGGCACUCCACAGGCGCUCGUCCAUUUAUUCCAGCCUAACCGACGGACUGCAUGCCAAACGCAGACUCUAGCUAAAGAGUUUGAAGACUGGAGUUAGACGUUCGCACCUGCAGCAUUCCCGUGCAGGACCGUGCAACAUCUCGGAUCGAGGCUGUGCGGGCGACCUUGUUUAAUGGGCCCCAAACCCCGAGACCCCCCAGGAAUGGCGUGUAGUGCGUGUUACUACCUGGUUAUCAGCUCUACUCACCUGAGCAAUGGACACUUUCGACGCGUCAAGGGUGUCUUCAGAGGACCCCUCUGCCCAGCAGGAAGCACUGACUCCCCGGAGUGCACAGAGAGGGCUUUGGGUUGCUCGAUCGAGGAUCUGAAGUCACUUUUCUACUGCGAGUUAUGUGACAAGCAGUACCUGAGACACCAGGAGUUUGACAACCACAUCAACUCCUACGACCAUGCACACAAACAGAGGUUGAAGGAGCUGCAGCACCGAGAGUUUGUUCGCAACGUGGCCUCAAAAUCAUGGAAGGACCAACGCAAACAGGAGAAGGCUCUCAGGCGCCUGCAUCAGCUUGCACAGCUGCAGCAAGAAAGGCAGCGAGUUCCAAGAAGGACUUAUGGGCUUAUACAUGCAGCUAAAGCUUUUAGUCAGACACAAGAUAAAGAUGUGAACCAAAGAAACUGCAGCUCAGAGGACAAUCCUAAAUCCUGUGACCACCGCCAGCAAAGCACAGCUACAAAGCCAAGGACUUUCAGCAACAAGUCAGAUGAUUCAUGCCAAUCUCUUUUAGAAAUACCUUUAGCCACAGCUCUACAAGAGUCUCCUCCAAUCUCUUCAGUGUCUCAUACAGACCCUCCAUCGUUGCAUCGUGAAUCUUGCCACAGCUUUUGCUCCCAACUGCCUCCCUCUGCUCAGGGGAGGGUGGGUGGAAGGCUUGGAGUGUCCUUCUGUUUCUCUCGGAGAGGACCCAGGCUAGAGCCUUCUGCUUCUGUCUUCUCUGACCUGGAGGAAGAGGAGAGAGAGAGGAGGGAACAAAUGAAGGAAAAAGUAAAGGCGAUAAUGGAAGAUAUUGACAAGGAACUAGGGGAAGCAGAUGAAAGUGAAAAGGAAAAGUCCAGUUCUGAAAGCAUAGUGUUGAGAGACAAGGAACCAAUCCCCGGAGAGUUCACAAGGAAGGAGGAACAGAUGGAAUGUUUUCCUAUUUCCUCUGCAGCCACUGAUAAUCAGAGUCAGGACUUAUUAAUUCCCCAGUCACAGGCUGCAAUGACUCUGUGUGAAGCUGCACUAGCAUUGUCUGAGAUGGACAUCAAACAGAAAGACAGAGUUGAAGAAAGACAUGAAAUAACACUGAGACAGAGGGAUGGUGAUCAUUUUCUAGAUGUGCAAGGAAAGGAUGGCUCAAGUCACCUGAGAUGGCCUGCCAGUUUGCUUAAGUUCACAAAGUCCCAUCCACACAUUUCCUACAGCUGCAACCCGCUCUGCACAAAUGCUGGACCUGUGGAAAGGCUUACUGAAGAUCCACAAGAGUCGCAACAAAAUCUGCUGAGUGCUCUUUCAGGUGAAUUAAAUUCGUUUGUGCCAUCUGUUCAAACAGCAGAUGCUCACUCCUGUUUACAAGAACGAGAAAGACAUGAGAUGAGAACACACAGACAGGGAAAAGAUAAGCAACAUAUCAAUGUAGAGACAGAAGCACAUCUGCUCCUUGAAAACAAAGAGCUUCAAUCACCAGAAUCAGCAUCAGACAAAGGAAGGUGCCUGCUAAGAGAGGAAAAUUGCAUGGGGGUAACCCCCCAUCCAUUUGACCCCACUCAGAGUGACAGCUCUGAUACAAACUCACAAUAUACUCCAGGAGGCAGAUUAGUGGGUGCAAGAGGGAUCAGGAAGAGAGCCAUCACAACCCUGAGCUGUAAAUUAGGGUCUGUCAUCCAGCCUGGCACACAGGGGAUAUGCAUCAGCUCGUCCAGGUGUGAAUGUGGCAGUGAGACAAUACACAAGUGUGCCAGAACUCCAGAGCCACAUGUGGGUGUCCCAAAAGUGUCACCAAGAAAGAAAAAGACCAACACCAAGAAACACAAGCUGGCAAAAAGAAAAAAGAAGAGGAAUAAGAAAGAAAGAUCCUCAAACAAAAUACAAUUACGAAAGUUCAAAGUGCGGAGCGUUGUCUCUGAAGUCCGGAGAGCAAAAGACACUGAAAAUAGUUCGACAAGGAAACUUAAGCAAAGAAAGGAAAGAACGAGGGGGGUGGCUGGCUCACGCAGUAACUGUCUCCUGGGGAGAUGUGCGGCUGAACCAGCAUCUGUCUCUGUCAGAAAGAGGAGGCCUCAGAGGAGCAACUAUGGUAAACUCAAGUCAAAGCUGGGCAGUGAGCAGGCUGAACCAUACAGUUUGUGCUCUGGGCUCAGGGGCAGAGUAGGGGAGAGAAAGCAAGAAGGGGAUGCAGCCGCUUUUCCCUGGCGGUCCCAUUUCUUUCGUUCCCCCUCACCGGGAUGCAACUCAACACAGUUUUGGGAAAGGGGUCACCAUAGCAACUCCAAGAGUUUCAUUGACUUCCGUUACCCUGACAACAACUGUGGUAGCAGCCUGAUGAAAAAGAGAAAACUCCUCCGCAGGGACAGAGAAUUCAUUCAUGAAGAUAGGAUGAAAUCAGAGGGUUGGUCAGGCCGCAGAGAUAGAGGCCUGACUUUAGACCCCCAGCGGUGGGAGUGGAUGAGAAGUGGCCGUGCUGGAGACAGUCAGGACGGCAGGUUGAGGGUUGAAUGGAGCCCGAAAAAUAAAGGAAAUCAGUGGGAUCAUGUGGGAAGGUUUAACCCAAGUCCCACAUGCUGGAGCAGGAGACAUGAGAAGACAAAAGAUGUAGAUUGGGACAGGAGUAGCAUUGACACAUGGACUUUUGGCAGUAAUGACAGCUGGGAAGACAGAGAAACAAAUAGAUCAGUUUCUUGCGCCACGGCAACUUGUGACAGUAGAGAUAGCCCAGGCAGAACAUGGAGAUGUGAAGACACAAGGCAGUCAAGUUCAAAUCCCCUUUCAAGUCCUGAGUGGUGGACAAGCCGGCAGCCGUCCAGAGGCCCGAGUGGAAUGGGUGCACAGGGCAGCAAAUGCCCUAGCCCACGCUCAUGUAGCCCCUGUAGCAGCACCAGCUUGUCAGAACUUAGCUGCGAGUGGAGCAAAAGCAGCACCUGCUCAGGAGUCACUGUUGAUAGGUUAACUGUCGGCUCCUGCACAGUAUCGUCAACUUUUCCAGAGACACCUCUAGAGGAAAGGAAGCACGCCAGCCCUACAUUUACUCCAUCCAUGCCUCCCGUUUCUCAGUCAUUCCCCCAGAUUACCCAGCUGAAAAGGCCACGCCUCCAUUGUGAGAGUAAUUCUACACUGGUAAAGGAGACCCGUUCAGAGUUAGACAAUGAAUCCUCUGCUUCAAACACAGCUUCUCCUGGGAGGCUCCCCUGUAAGACUCUGGCACAGACAGCAUCUAGAGCGAUGAUUUUACCUCUCAUUGGAAAACGCCCUGCGAUCCAGAGAAAGGCCAGAGAAAAACAGGGUCUGCUGGAGAGGAGUCAGGAAAAGAAGAGAGAGGAGGAUGCCAAAAUCCACGAGGCUCUUGGCAGCCUUAAAGGUUCCCUGAACACUCCUGACUCUGAUUCCAGCAGCAUCCCAAAUCUUUUUUUGCCUCAGAUUAGGACAGAUGACAAACAGACAGGUAUAGAAAACACUGCACCAAUCAGCUUUUCAGCAGAGGAGAUGGACAAAUACCGUGUCUUGCAGGAGCAGGCAAGAGAGCACAUGCAGAAAGUCCUGAAAAAUAUUCAUAAAAGUCCAGAUAUUCACACAGAGACAAGCAAUACACUCAGCAUGCAGACAGAUACUGCUGUUAUUCUGCAAGAAAAAUACAAACCUGCGCUUCAGCACAGCCCAAUAGAGCCUCAGUUGAUUCAUCCAGAUUUGUUGCAAAGACAACUUCAGCACACAUUUCAUGUCAGUGUCCCACUCUCAGAGGAGAGCUAUACACACCCUGCUCCCCUGGGAGUUUCAAACCUCAACCCACUUCCCCCUCCUCCCCCAAUGUCAAAUCUUCAACAUGUAAUUUUACAACAUACAGCUCUCUCCUUGCCCCACCAUGUACCCUCCAUUCCCAACUCAUCUACUUCCCUUCACCAAAAUUCUUCUCAACAACCUCCUUCCCUUCCUUAUCCUCUUCACUUUACACCAUUCCCCAUUUCUUCCCUGUUUCCGACAAUUUUGUUUUCCCAUCAUCCUAUCCCUCUUGUCUCUCAUGCCCCAGCAUUGCAUCCAUCCACUCUCACUCCACUAUCCCCAGUUGUCUUGCAGCCUUUAAACUCACCGCCUUUCAUUGACCGAUCAUGGCCAAUGCAGUUUCAACAGAAGGCAACAUGAUUUUUCUCAGAGUCACUGCCAUGUUUAUUAAUCUCUCUUGGCAUCACUAAACAGUGACAAGACAAGAGGGAAUGCCUGGGAAAAGCGUUUUGUUUUUUUUGUUUUUUUUCCCCCACCCAAACUAGGCCUCUCUUAUUGGUGUACACAAAUCAGCACCAUCUCUUACUUACAUUUGCCCCCAUAAACUUCACACAUGAAUAUGCACCAACAGAUAUUUACUAUUCUCAAGUGAAAAUGUGUCUCUUUGUUUGGCCUCUGCUCUGCUGCAGCUUACAGUUGAAAUAAAACUUUAUUUCUGUCCAUUUGCCAUCAUUCCUCAUUCAGGUCCAGCAUAAAGGGGAAAGGUACACCUGCUUUUCAAAGACAAGCUGGGCUCAUGUCAUCCUCUCCUUUUCCUCUAGAGCUACAGGCAGACCAGGCACAGGGUAACAAUAGAAAUGGAUAAUACUCCCUGCUUAUCUCCAUUUCAUUCAGGUUAUCUGGGUUAGACUUAAACUUUCAACAAAAAAAGAUAACAUACCAAGGACCAGGGGUGGUGGUGCCACAGCCAUUUUAUGUAAGCUCUGUGUGACAUAGGAGUAAUCCUGCCCAAAGAGAAAUUUAUAUCACAAAGGACAUAGAUUAGUAUAUUUGAAACUAUUAAAAUUAAAAUGUUUUUAUACACUAUUACCUACUAAAUAAAUGUAUUGAUAGAUAUCCAUUUACAAAAUUAAAUGAGGAACAUGAUGUUUUUGUUUUUUGCAAAAAUGCAUUGAACAGUUCAUGAAGCUGAUAUGUUAUAUUAAAGUGUGAGUGAUAAUAAAGGGGCUGUCAAAAGUUUUCAAAA